CCCCCGAAGAAUGUUCACGACUGUUUAGUUGUUAUCCAGGAUGAAGUGGCUGGUGUUGUUUGUCUCUGUAACGGCCCUCCUCGCCGGAGCCCGAGGAGAGGAAGAAGAGGACGACGCAAGACUCUCAAGCCUCGAGGCUAGAAUCGUUGCCGCCUAUUCCACGCGAACGGUGAUCACACUGACAACCACCACUGCCACAGCCGUUUCCACCUGUAACCAGGCUUCUGGUACCAACGCCUGUCAGAAGAGGCGCAUCAGACGUUUCAACAAACUGAGUAAUGUUGAUCAAGAGGAAGAUGGACAGGCUGAUCUGCAAAGCGCCCUGGAGGAGGUUCCUCAAGGGGAUGCCAGCAGCGUGGGCUCCUCUAGGGAGGGAAGGAUCGCCCUCACCAUUUGGACGACCACCUCCUCCACCUACACCAUCACGACGACCUCCACCAACACCUCGACGACCCUCUCCAUCUCCUACUACUGCAGCAUAGUCGGUGGCAACAUGUUCGGGUCCUGCGGUUAAGAUCUCGGAAGGACGCCAAUUCGUUUCGCGGGCGGGAUGCCCUUCCGCGGAUGGAGAUCCUUUCGUCGUCGUCCGUCGAGCCCUUGGGAACUUGAGAUGUCUCUCCUGCCUGGAACUAUCCUUUUAAAUGUGGAAAUUCAAAUCCUGCUUUCGUAAUAAUCUAUAAUAAUCUAUAACCAAUCGGUACGUCAAGUAUAUCUAUGGCAACCUAAUUUGAAUUCUUUUGUUCCAUUAUGGAAUUCGAUCAAAUAUUUUUUUUCAAAAAAGUAUUUAUUAAUUUUAAAAAGUUUGGGAAAUGACGUUUCAUGAGAAAUGAAAAAAAUAUGCUCAUGAACAUGAUUUUUGGUUGAAGAAUUAUAAAAGAUAUUUUAUAGAAGUAAAAUAUCUCUUUGUUAAGAACUGAUAACAGACGCAGAAAAGGAUAGAAACUGGAAGACAUUCUCAAGUACUCUUAUUUGUUAUUUAUGUACAUAGGAGUCACAGUCUUAAAAUACAUACUAUUUUAUCGUUGAA